AUGAAGUUGAAUGGUGUUACAGAUGAUGCAAUCAGACUACGCCUUUUCCCCUUCUCACUUCGAGACAGGGCAAAGGAGUGGUUAAGAGAUGAAGGCACUGGCUUGUUCGAUACAUGGGACAAGCAGUCAGAUGAUGAGUCUCUCUAUGAGGCUUGGAGGAGAUUUAAAAGAUUGAAGAGACAAUGCCCUCACCAUGGCAUUCCAGAUUGGAUUUUGAUGCAGACCUUUUACAAUGGCAUGACUCAUGAGUUCCGUAUUUACAUAGAUGCUGCAUCAGGAGGUUCUCUCUUGACAAAGAACCCCACUGAAACUAGGGAGCUCAUAGAGACGAUGGCGGCCAAUGAUAACUAUCAUCCUGGAGGCCGAAACAUUGUGAAAAAGGGAGGUAAAUUUGAUGUUGAUGCUUUAACUAUGCUAACUAGUUCUGUGCAGGCACUAACAAGCAGGUUUGAUAAGUUCCAAGCAGGAACUUCUAACACCCCACAGGAGUUGUGUCAGUUAUGUCAUGUGCAGGGUCAUGUUGCUCCAGAUUGCCCACUGAUUUCGCAAAAUGCGGAAGAAAUAUCAAUCGAGCAAGCCAAUGCUUUCUACUCCUCUAGCCCAAAGAGGCCUUAUGACCCUUAUUCCAACACCUACAAUGAAGGAUGGAAACACCAUCCCAACUUUUCCUACAAAAACUCCCAAGCGCAACAAAACCCUCCACCACCACCUCAACCCAAUACCUACAACCAACCACCACCAGGCUUCCAACAGAAACCACCCAAUGCCCAACAACCUAUGCAACCACAACCUCAGAAAUCAAGCCUAGAGGUGACCUUAGAGAGCUUCAUAACCGCAACAAACAGUGCCAUCCAACAUCAAAAUAGCUCUAUCCAACAGUUGCAGGCCCAGAGUAAACUUAUGGAGAAUCAGAUAAGCCAAUUGGCCAACCAAUUUAACCAAGCUUUAAAGAUUCCAGGAACCUUCCCGGGCCAGAUAGAACAACCUCAAAGAGCCCAAAUGAAUUUUGUAGCCCUGAGGAGUGGAAGGCAGUUGGACGAUCCUCCUACCAUGGAGCCAUCAAGGGAGGUCAAUGAAGAAGCAGAGGCAAGAAAAAAGGAAGUAGAAGAUGCUAGGGUUGAGGAGGCAUCAAAGGAACCACCACCAAAGCCACUUUCUCCAUAUGUGCCCAAGAUUCCUUUUUCUCAAAGGUUAGCACAAGCUAAACUUGAGAAAAAGUUCAGUAAGUUCCUCGAUAUUCUUAAAAAGCUUCAUAUUAAUAUUCCAUUUCUAGAUGCCAUAUCUGAAAUGCCAUCUUAUGCAAAAAUUUUGAAAGAUAUGCUAUCCAAUAAGAGGAAAUUAGAAGAGAAUACUACAGUUGCUUUGAAUGCAGAGUGCAGUGCUAUUUUGCAGAACACUCUCCCUAAGAAAUUAGGAGAUCCAGGUAGCUAUUCAAUUCCAGUGAAGCUUGGAGAUAUUGAGAUCAACAGGGCACUAUGUGAUCUAGGUGCAAGUGUGAGCCUUAUGCCGCCGUCCAUAUGCAAGAAGCUACAGAUGGGUGAGCUUAAACCUACACGAAUAUCUCUACAACUUGCAGACAGGUCAGUGAAGUUUCCUUUGGGUGUACUUGAGGAUGUACCCCUCAGAGUAGGUAAAUUUUUCAUUCCAUGUGAUUUUGUUGUGAUGAAGAUGAAAGAAGAUGUGAAUGUUCCGAUCAUACUUGGUAGACCUUUCCUAGCUACUACAGGUGCAAUCAUAGACAUGAAGAAAGGUAAGAUCACUUUUAAAGUAGGUGAUGAAAAGUUGGAAUACUCACUUUUGAAUGUCAUGGGUGCUCCCUCUACGGGAGACACUAUUUAUCAGAUAAGCCAACUUUCGCAACAGGUGUGUAUCAAGGAGCCUAGAAAGGACAUAAGGAGCAAGGAUGUUCAAGGCUCCAAAUAUGUAGCUCCACCGGCCAAUGAUGAACCGAUGCCCUUCUCGCAACGGUUGUUAAAAGCCGUGCUUGAUGGGCAUAACUCUAUGUUUGAUGGUGGUACCUAUUUGAGAAUCGAUGCUACUAACCCCCCAUCUGAUAGGUAUGUGUUUGACAGGAAUUUCGUGAAAGGAAAGGAUAAAGUUCCACCCGAUGGCAUGUUUGGCUAUAUGAAGGUGAAUUCAGUUAUAAGGCAAGUGAAUAAGCCGAUGAAGGAGUCGCUUGGAGGAAUUCAUGAACAACAUCGCGGUCCUCCUUCUCCGUGUAAUGAUCCCGGUUGA